UCAGCAGGCUGCUAUCCUUUUCUUCUUCAUUUUCUUGCCUGCGGUGUUGCUUGGACAAUAAAACUCAUCUCUUGUUUCGGACCUAAUGGUAUCCUUUUUUGCCAUUUGGAAAAAGAAUGUCCGGUAUUUUGCAUGUUGAGUUGCAUGGCGUCCUUAGAAAACGUGCCAACUAUCCUUAGAAAACCCAUCAAGAGAUGGCGCUUGGCCUUUGCUACUAUCUAUUUUUCCAGGACGCUACGCUCUCUUCUCCAUCACCCUCUGUCCAAUAACAACAGCAGCUGCAGCAAACUCCCCUCCAGUACUCCUCCUUUUUUGGUCCUCGACGUUAAGGCGGACGCUGACUUCUCAAACGUUGAUCAAACAAGCCUCACUGCAUUAGUGAAGGAGAAAAACUUAGACCAGCUUCUUGGAUUUGGAGGAGUUGAAGGUGUGGCUGUUGCUCUACGAUCAGAUGUCAAAAAUGGCAUCCAUGGUGCUGCAAAGGACGUUGCUUGGAGGCAGGAGGCGUUCGGUUCAAACACAUACCCGAGGCCACCUACGAAGAGCUUCUUCCACUUUGUGGUGGAAGCUUUUAAGGAUCUUACAAUUCUCGUACUUCUAGUCUGUGCCACACUCUCUCUUUGUUUUGGAAUUAAAGAGCAUGGGCUGAAGGAAGGGUGGUACGACGGUGGAAGCAUACUUGUCGCCGUUUUUCUCGUCAUUUCUGUGUCUGCUGUAAGUAACUACAGACAGAACAGACAAUUUGACAAGUUGUCAAAAGUCAGCAACAAUAUUCAGGUUAAUGUCGUCCGGAAUGAGAUAUGUCAGCAGAUUUCUAUAUUUGAGAUUGUUGUUGGGGAUGUGGUUUGCUUAAGGAUUGGAGAUCAAGUUCCGGCUGAUGGACUGUUCUUGGAUGGGCAUUCUUUGCAAGUGGAUGAAUCAAGCAUAACAGGGGAGAGUGACAACGUGGAAGUCAACACCAGCCAGAAUCCAUUUUUGUUUUCUGGAACCAAGGUAGCUGAUGGAUAUGCUCUAAUGCUUGUGACAUCUGUUGGCAUGAACACAACAUGGGGCCAGAUGAUGAGCACAAUCAGCCGCGACACCAAUGAACAGACACCCUUACAAGCUCGGCUUAACGAGCUAACUUCAUCAAUUGGUAAGGUUGGUUUGACAGUUGCAUUUCUAGUUCUUGUAGUGUUGCUGGUUCGCUACUUCACAGGAAAUACAAAAGAUGAUAAUGGAAAUAAGGAGUUCAAUGGCAGGAAGACAAAGUCUGAUGAUGUAGUGAAUGCGGUAGUCGGAAUCAUUGCCUCUGCAGUUAGCAUUUUGGUUAUGUCAAUUCCGGAAGGCUUGCCAUUGGCUGUAACACUCACUCUUGCUUAUUCAAUGAAGAGAAUGAUGGCUGACCAGGCCAUGGUUCGGAAGCUCUCUGCCUGUGAGACCAUGGGCUCUGCUACCACCAUUUGUACCGACAAAACAGGUACCCUCACUCUGAACCAGAUGAAGGUGACAAAGUUUUGGCUUGGCAAACAGCCUAUUGAAGCUUCCUCUUCAAUUGCCACAAAUAUCCUCAAAUUGAUUCAACAUGGAAUUGCUUUGAACACAACUGGUAGCAUUUACAGGGACACUACAGCUAAACUCGAGUUUUCUGGUAGUCCCACUGAAAAAGCAAUACUUUCCUGGUCUGUCCAGGAACUUGGCAUGGACAUGGAGGUACUGAAGAAGAAUUGUACAAUUCUUCAUGUUGAAGCCUUCAAUUCAGAGAAGAAAAGAAGCGGGAUUCUAAUGAGAAAGAAGACUGACAACACAAUCCACGUGCAUUGGAAGGGAGCAGCAGAGAUGAUAUUAGCAAUGUGUUCAAGUUACUAUGAUGCUUCUGGAAGGAUGAAAGAUCUGAAUGUUACUGAAAGGAUGACAUUUGAGCAAAUAAUUCAAGGUAUGGCUGCUAGCAGCCUCCGAUGCAUUGCUUUUGCCCAUAAACAAAUUCCAGAGGAAGAGCAUGAAAUUAAAGAAGGCCGGCAAAAGAUAAAAGAAGACAGCUUGACCCUUAUAGGAUUGAUGGGGAUAAAGGACCCAUGUAGACCAGGGGUGAGAAAAGCCGUGGAAGAUUGCCAACACGCUGGAGUGAACGUCAAAAUGAUCACUGGUGACAAUGUCUUCACUGCGAGAGCUAUAGCUACUGAAUGUGGAAUACUGAAAGCUGAUCAAAACAUGAACAGUGAAGUGGUGAUAGAAGGUGAGGCAUUCCGGAAGUACACCCCAGAAGAGAGAAUGGAGAAAGUCGAUAAAAUCUGCGUGAUGGCCAGGUCCUCUCCCUUUGAUAAACUUCUCAUGAUACGGUGCUUGAAACAGAAGGGUCAUGUGGUUGCAGUGACAGGUGAUGGCACAAAUGAUGCACCAGCAUUAAAAGAAGCGGACAUAGGACUUUCUAUGGGGAUACAGGGCACUGAAGUUGCAAAGGAGAGCUCAGAUAUCAUCAUCUUGGAUGAUAAUUUUGCUUCGGUGGCAAUGGUUUUGAGGUGGGGAAGAUGUGUUUAUAACAAUAUUCAAAAAUUCAUCCAGUUCCAGCUCACAGUGAAUCUUGCAGCCCUCGCAAUCAACUUUGUGGCAGUACUUUCAGCUGGUGAAGUCCCAUUGACAGCAGUGCAACUGUUGUGGGUGAACUUGAUCAUGGACACAUUAGGUGCUCUGGCUCUGGCAACAGAGCAACCUACCAAGGAGCUCAUGGAGAAGCAACCUGUGGGUAAGGUAGAGCCACUCAUCACCAACAUCAUGUGGAGAAAUCUGUUAGCCCAAGCUUUGUAUCAGAUAGCUGUCCUCUUGACCCUACAGUUCAAAGGAGGAUCAAUCUUUGGUGUGAAAGACAAGAUAAAGAACACCCUGAUAUUCAAUACUUUUGUGCUAUGCCAAGUCUUCAACGAAUUCAAUGCAAGGAAGCUGGAGAAGAAGAAUAUCUUUAAGGGGAUACACAAAAACAAGUUAUUUUUGGGGGUCAUUGGGAUAACCGUUAUCCUUCAGGUUGUCAUGGUUGAAUUUUUGAACAAAUUUGCAGAUACGGAGAGGUUGGAUCGGGGACAAUGGGAGGCCUGCAUUGCCAUUGCAGCCAUGUCUUGGCCAAUUGGCUUUGUUGUCAAGUGCAUACCUGUUUCAGAAAAACCAUUUCUUAGAUAUCUAAAGUGGUAGCCACAUUUACUUCAAAAAGAAAAAAUUAUGCAUUACAUUGUAUUAACCGACUCAUUAUAGAGCUUAUAAUAUAUGCAGCUAUUGUCAA